GCGCAAGGGGGGAUUCCGCCAGGCGCCGCCGGACUUCAACAUGGCGACCUAGGCCGGCCGCGCCAGCGCCACCGCGGGCGGCCGAGGGAGCCAGCGAGGCCGCCGCCGUCGUCAUGUCCCGGCACAGGAACGUCCGAGGAUAUAACUACGACGAAGACUUUGAAGAUGAUGAUGUGUAUGGCCAAUCAGUAGAAGAUGAUUAUUGCAUUUCUCCUUCAACAGCAGCUCAGUUUAUUUACUCCAGACGAGACAAACCAGCCGCAUUUGCUGAGCCAUUAGAAGAAGAAUAUGGCUAUGAAGGUACCGAUGCUGCUGCUGAUUGUUUUACACCCACUCAUCAGUUGACUGAAGUUGAUAGAGCCCGUCUUAAUUCAUGCCUUGAUCAAAUGAGAGAAGUUUUGGCAGAGUCCAUACCAGAACAAGCAAUGGUCCAAGCAGUACUGGAUACUAAAUUUGAUGUACAAAAGGCUUUGAAUCUUGUGCUUUCACAAGGCAGUAAGCAAAAUGUGAAGACCAAGAAUAAGGAUGCUGUGAUUUUAGCAAAGACUACAAAAGGAGACUUACAUUGUUGUCCAGAAAUGUGUGUUGAUACAGACAGUUUCUCUUGUGCAGUAGACAAUUUUGCUGACACCACCAACAAACCUGGGUUUGGAAACUUGACAGCCAAAAGUGAUUCAGCUCUUUAUUCUUUAACUACAAAUUCUGAAAAAUCCAAUAUACCUUCAUGUGAAAGGAAAGCAUUGAAAUCCUCUUCAUUUGCUCUGUCAUCUGCGUUCAGUGAUGAUUUGUGUAAAGGAUCAUUUUGUGAACCUGUGAAUAAACAGGCAGAGAAGCAACUACCAGAAAGUGCUAAUGCAGUAAGUUUGGUUCCUGACAGUCAAGACGUUUCCUCUAGCAUAGGAAGUAACCCACUGAAAUGCAAGGAAGCGCAGGACUUGAAAUCCUUGCUGAUGCAGAAUGUGGUUUGUGAUUCUCUGAGUCCUGAGCACAGCAUUCCUCUUGUUUCAUCAAAAACUUCUGGUUGUAAUAUUAAUGCAGAUUUCUAUAGUCCUCCAUGUUUAGCAAGUGCUUUAGGAAACUUGGUUCUUGGUAAUGAAGUCAGUCAUACUGUAAAUAAAAAGAAUCAACUUCUUGAAAAUUUUUCUUCACUUGCACAAAGUAGAAAGCAAGAAAGCCCCUCUUCAGACAUGGCUGCUUUGCCAGUGUUAAGAUCUGGAAGUACAUCAUUGGCUGACUUGCUUCAGGAGCACCAGGAAAGCAGUGCUAGCCAUUGUUACUCUUUGGCUGAUCUUUAUACCCAGUCAACAGCAAGUCUUGCUGAUAGGAAAUUGGGAACCUCAUCAUUAUCACAACUAGUAAGUCAAUCCCAAACUUCAGGUGGGAUGCCAGAGCUAACAGGAUCUUUGUCUUCUCUAGCCCUCUCUACAGUUUCUCCAGUAAAGGAGGUUGAGAAUUUAUCACUCUCGGAUUUAAUUGCAGAGACUAUUGAAAUAGAUAAAACUGAGCAAAGGACUGACUUGCCCUUGUGCAAUGUAAUUGAAUUGAGGCCCUCCCAAGGAACCAACAUUGAUUUAAGUGUCCUUGUAAAAAAUGCAGAGGUAUCUACAGAGAAAAGUGUGCCAGGACAGUCAAAUAUCUUAAGUGCUGAAACAAAACUUGUAAAAGAAAAACAAGGAAAAGGUUCUGGUUCUGCCAAAACAAACAGGAAACCCAAAAAAGGGCAUGGUCUUAAGAGGCAGGAUUUGUCCCUUUCAUGGAUUAAGGCGCUGCGUGCAAGACCUUCAGCUUUUGCUUUAACCUUGUGCCUCCGUUAUCCUCCAAAAGGGUAUAAGCGGCGCACAGUUGGGAUACAUAAAACGUUCCUAUACAGUAGACAAGUACAAGAUGUAAAACCCAAGGAAACUGGUCCUACCAUAGCCAUAACACCAUUUGACUUCAAAUCAGCAUCUCCUGAUGAUAUUGUGAAAGCUAACCAAAGAAAAGCUUUUACAAGACAGUAAUGCAAAAAAAAAACAAACAAAGCAUUGGUGUUGAUAUUGCAUUAUAUUAAAAGAAAUUAUAUAGGACCUAUUUAUGAUCCAGAAUUGAUUUUCUUUUUCAUUUUUUAAAUUGACAUACUACACUUUUUGCUGAUAGGUAGAAAUUUAUAUGUGAACUUUUAAAGUGUUGCACUGAGUAUCUUAAUUUUUGCAUAAUUUUCACUGGCAGUUUAACAUUUUUAACUUUUGGAAAGUCUUGAACUUUAAUAUACAGAUACUGCAUGUAAAAAAUUCUGUAAACACCAUUAGACUUAUUGAAAUAUCACUCUAGGUGUUAAGAUACAGUUCAUUGGGAAGAAAAGUGGACUAUUAUUUUAUAAUGCAAUUUACUUUUGCUAUAUGGUGUAUAGUUUGGGGAGCAGGAAUUUCAGUUUAUAUUACAACUGUUUUAUUAAAUGUUCGUAAGGUUAGAUUUUCUGGUAAAGGUAUGUUAUUAAACUGCCAGUCUUGUAAUGGAUUUUUCCAGUCAAUAUCAUUAUUCUGUCUUUAUACUGAUCACAUUAUAAUAACAGAAAUGCCUUUAGUUUUUUAAAGCCUCAAGGACCUCAGGUUUUGACAGUUCUGGUUGUGGUAGUACAUGUGUAGUUUUUGAUAGGACCAAAUCUGUAGGGGAGCAAGCAAUUAAAUUGUUGUGGCCCCCUGAUUCCAAUUAGCUAUCAAAAUGUGAUAUCCAGCAUUUUAAACCAGCAAUUUUAUAGAUAUGUACAUGCUGCAUGAAUUUCAUAAGACGUUUUCCUAGGAUUCUAUUGUUUAUUCUCAGUCUUUCAGAGAAUUACUGAAGUAUUGGUUCUUUCAAAUGUAGCAUGAGAAUCUUUCUUUGCUCAAUGGAAAAAAAAAUUCAGGCAAAGCCUAAGUGCUGUUUGUGUCUGCCUCUUGUCUUUUUUGAAAAAACUUAUUUUAGAAAUAGAAACUCAUUCUCUUCUACUGUUCGAACCCAUUGCUGUUAUUUUGAAUCUUUAGAUGGAAGAUCCAAAUCGGAGCAUUCUGGACUUACUAUGGUGCCCUGUUAUUCAAAUUAGUAGCUGCAUGUAUGUUUUAACUUUCCUUUUAGUACAGAUUAUGACCUCUAAUAUAUUUCCAGUGUCAUUGUCAGUGUUUUAGAUCCAGAAUAGCAAUAAGUUCAAUGGAGAUACUGCUGCAACUAGAAAAAUGUGCAUUCAUAAAUUUAUGCUAAACUUGGCAGCUAGUAUGAAACAGUAGAUACGACUUUCAUCUAUUUUUAAUCUAAUUUUUGUUAAGUAUGUUACAUCAUAAAGAAGACAAAACCUUUAGGUUUAUUUCUGACUUCAGGUUGCACUAUGAUUUUGUUUCUCAAUAAAAUAAAACAAAACAUGUUCCAGUUCUCUCAGGUAAAAUUUAAUGGUCUGUAUAUUUUGCUUGUUUGUCUAGUUGAUGCAUUUGUCAUUUAGGGCUAAGAGCAGUGUGAUAUUUGACCUUGUGAAUUAAAUUAAUGUUUCUUACCCUAAUUAAUAAAAGUUUUAUAUAAUGACAGUGCUGCAGUGUUUAUGUUCCAGUUGACGUGUUAAUCUAUCCUAACCUAUUUGGUGUUCCUUUAAAGGAUUAAACAAUACAAUCCAGUGUACAUACUAUGAUCUGAUAAGUUCAUUAGCUGGAGCAUAAUUGAUUUCCUGAGAAGACUUUCUACAGAAGUCUGGUAGAUACUGAUUGUAAUACUGAUUGUCAUAAUACUUAAUUAGUCAUAAUAGCAAAUUCUACUGUAUCAAGAAUAUGAAAUGCUUUUCAGUAAUCUGUUUUUCUGCAGUUAGUCCAAGCUUUAACUUCCCCCUGCUUAAAAAUCCAAGCCUGUUUUUCAUACUGACCAAAGGAUCGUAUUAGUAGAGUUUGUAAUUAAAGCUCACUUUUCCCAAAACUGUGUGUAUUUUUUAGUAGAGAGAUUCUAAUUUUUCAACAUAAAAUAUGAAUGCAAAGUUUGGCAUUGUCGUGCCUGUUAUAUUUGUAGGUGGUUUUGCUUUUGUCUGUUUCAAAUACUCCAGAGGACUUAAUUAAUGUCAGUAGAGAUUUCUAAUGCAUGUGGGUCUUCUAAAGUUGAAUAGCUUUGCUUUCCCAUCUAAAUAUUUUCUUAUUUUCUCUGUCUAGCUUUGCUUCGGUUUUGGUCUAUCUUCUCAUUCCCCUGUCUUCCCUUAUUUGCAUAAAAUUUCUUAGCAUUUGUAAUAAUUUUAGAGCAUGAACUGGACAUGCAAAUAAAUAUAGGUCCUGUGGAUACCAUUGGAACAAGUAGUAGUGGGCAAUCUGUAGUACUUUAAGCUCAGGUUUGGCAUAGUUUUCAUGCAGAUUAAAGCUUGAACAAGUCAAAGAGCAUCAGCAUUGUAUGUUUAUCAUGGAUCUAUCUUACUAUGGGAUUGUUACCUUAGUAAACAACAUUGGAUCUUGUUAGGUAGCUAGAUUUUCAUAUAUAAUUACUUUUUCAUUGGCAUUUGACUGUGGUGUUAGUGGUCAUGAGGGAGCAGUAUAUGCUGUUCAUUGUAUAAACAGUAGGAGAGGAAUUUUUCCUCAGUUUGCAAUCCUGAAUCCUGAAGUAAGACUUGAAUUAAUACAGACCUGCAGGCUGAACAUUGGAGAAGGUACCUAAGUAGUGAAUAAACCUGAAUUCCAAUUAAUUUUCAGCAGAGAUUUUUUUUCAGGACUAGACAAUUUUAUAGCUUUGUUUUUCUAAACAAAAAGUAUUGUGUUGCUAUAUUUGCUUUUUAAAUUAAACAGGUAUUUUAGUAAUUUCCUUACUUAUUCCUUUAAUUCUUUGCUGAGAACGAGGUGUAUGGUAUAGAAGACAGGUUUAAACGUGUUAGAAUGCUGCAUGAUAUGGUAUGUGGAAUUUUUGUGUAACAACUGUGUUUGGCCUUUGCUCUGAACAUUCUAAUGAAUGUUAGAAUUCUAGUGAACUAAAUCUGCCUGUUUUAUGCUUGACACAGUGAGCUUAUUUUCUUAAUUUAUGUAUAUAAUUCCCCCUCUCAUUUUGCAACUACUGUCUAUCUUUGGUUAAUCAUGGGUUAAUUGUGUUACUUGUUUUGGGAUUCACAUAUUAACAUUGCAAAAUACUUGUCUGUGUUUGCAUAUAAACAGAAAAAGAUAAUAUUAAACUGCAUAGAUAUACUAAUACUGUAUACUCCUAAGGCAUUUAGUGCAUCAAAUUUAUUUUGUGCAUAAUUUUUAAGUGGCUGCUGACUAUUUUCAAUACAAAAUUGACUUCUGGAUGUUGAUUUAUGUAUUUAAAUAAAAUGCCUGUUAUUAAAGGA